AUGGCCAACAAGAUCGCCGUCGCGAGCGUCAUCGCCGCGGUGGGCAUCGUCGCCGUGAUCGGCACGAUCGCCGCGGUGACCGCCUCCAAGAACGGGGCCGGAAAGGACGGCGCCAUGUCAGCCGGCGUGAAGCUCUCCACGGUGUGCGCCUCCACGCUGUACCCGGAGAAGUGCGAGCAGAGCCUCAAGCCCGUGGUGAACGACACCUCCAACCCGGAGGACGUCCUCCGGGCGGCGCUCAACGUGGCGCUGGACGAGGUCGCCGCCGCGUUCGAGCGGUCGGCCCACAUCGGCAAGGACGCCAAGGACAACCUCACCAGGAACGCCAUGGACGUGUGCAAGAAGCUCCUCGACGACGCCACCGAGGACCUCAGGGACAUGGCGAGGCUCAAGCCCGUCGAGGUGCUCGGCCACGUAAAGGACCUCCGGACCUGGCUCUCCGGCGUCAUGACCUACAUCUAUACCUGCGCCGACGGCUUCGAGAAGCCGGAGCUCAAGGAGGCCAUGGACAAGGUGCUGCAGAACUCCACCGAGCUCAGCAGCAACGCCCUCGCCAUCAUCACCCGCCUCGGCGAGCUCCUACCGGAACAAGACAAGAAGACGAACGCCACCACGGCCGCCGGUCACGGCCGCCGGCUCCUGUCCAGGACGCUCGUGGGGAUCAACGAGGUCGCCAGCGAGGCCAAGGGCCAGCUCGAGGCGGUGAAGAAGGCUAUGUUCUCCGGCGGUGAACCUGACCUCGCCCACAGGGUGCUGACGACGGACCUCGUUGGCACGUUCGACGAGAUCGCUGACGGGCGCAGCGGGCUCAAGUCCAGCGACCUCCCCGAGUGGAUGCCGGCCAGCCAGCGGAGGCUGCUGCAGAUGUCGGGCCUCCAGAAGCCAAACGCGGUGGUGGCCCAGGACGGGAGCGGCAACUUCAAGACCAUCACCGAGGCCAUCAACGCCGUGCCCAAGAGCUACGACGGCCGCUACGCCAUCUACGUGAAGGCCGGCACGUACAAGGAGUACGUCACCGUCCCCAAGAACAUGGCCAACGUCUUCAUGUACGGCGACGGGCCGACCCGGACCGUCGUCACCGGCGACAAGAGCAACACCGGCGGCUUCGCCACCAUCGCCACCCGCACAUUCUCGGCGGAGGGCAACGGGUUCAUCUGCAAGUCGAUGGGGUUCGUGAACACGGCGGGGCCGGAGGGGCACCAGGCGGUGGCGAUGCACGUGCAGGGGGACAUGUCGGUGUUCUUCAACUGCCGGUUCGAGGGGUACCAGGACACGCUGUACGUGCACGCCAACCGGCAGUUCUUCCGGAACUGCGAGGUCCUGGGCACCGUCGACUUCAUCUUCGGCAACUCGGCGGCGCUGCUCCAGAACUGCCUCCUCACGGUGCGCAAGCCCGGGGAGAGCCAGUCCAAUAUGGUGACGGCGCAGGGGCGCACCGACCCCAACAUGCCCACGGGGAUCGUGCUCCAGAGCUGCCGCAUCGUGCCGGAGCAGGAGCUCUUCCCCGUCAGGCUCCAGAUCGCCAGCUACCUGGGCCGGCCGUGGAAGGAGUACGCGAGGACGGUGGUCAUGGAGAGCACCAUCGGCGACCUCAUCAAGCCGGAGGGAUGGGCGGAGUGGAUGGGGGACAUCGGGCUCAAGACGCUCUACUACGCCGAGUACGCCAACACCGGCCCGGGCGCCGGCACCAGCAAGAGGGUCAACUGGCCGGGGUACCGCGGCAUCAUCGGACAGGCCGAGGCCACGCAGUUCACCGCCGGCGUCUUCAUCGACGCCAUGACCUGGCUCAAGGCCACCGGAACGCCCAACGUCAUGGGAUUCACCAAAUAAAAUGAUCCAGUCGAACCUGACUAGCUAGCUAUUCUGUGCAUACAUAUGACUGGGUUGUUCAUUAGUUUCUUUUGCAAGAGUAACCAUGUAGCUAUACAUAUUA